AUGACCUUGACUUCACCUCAAGCCCUUUCAACCCGGAUCAUUGGACUCUCGAUAAGUAUAGUUCUUCCCCAAGACUCUGACCCGAUAGAUCCAUGGUCUCACGCACACCAGUGUAUCCACCCGGAAUGGGGAGCGAAGGGACCCUAUUUCGAGGUAUAUGCCCUACGUAACAAUCAGCCAUACGCAAGCCAGCAGUGGAGAAGUGAUGGCAUCAGCGAGAUAACGUAUGAAGCAGAAGAAAAGAGCAUCACCUUUGGGAUGGGUGCCUUUUAUACAGUAGCCCUUUUCCAGGAUGCUCACCUGAACCUGCCCUAUCAGGCCUGGGAAUUGCACCCCACUGGGGUGGAUGAAGGACUCUUCACAGUUACUGCAGCCUUUGCAACCAUUCAGAUACAAAUUAAGGAUAAUCAGUGUAUGUUGUCUGCAGUAGUGGUGGAAGAGGAGGAGGUACUUUCCCAGAUGACAGGAAAAUGGAUGAGGCCUUUUGCCCUCAGAGUGGCUUCAAAAAGAGCUGGAGUGAACAUUUGCCCAGCAGAGUACUCUCCCAAGUAUGUCCCUGUGCCUGGGAAGGCUGCCCUGGCAGAAGUGAAGGCCUAUGAGCAGAUGGCUCUGCUUGCAGCUGCUUUUGCUCACAGCAAGUGGAAUGGAGAAGCAGGGCCAGAGCAAGUCGUGUUCAAGGCAAGUGAACAUCUUACAGUGGGCUCUGCCAAAGACAACAACUGGUCUCUUUAUAUGUUCAAUGGUGAGAAAGUACAAAACCUCAAGCUCACUGAAACCAGUGAAGCUUUUACAGAAGAGCUGGAAGAAGAGUCUGAAUUUCACUCCACACUCUACCAUAUGCUCAAGGCUUCUGCCAGCAAUGAAGCCAUGGAUAAAGUGGAAAGAGCUGGCUUCCUGUUUAUUGAUUCUGUGUAUCAGCUGCUCCUUGCUACCAGAGUUUUAGCAUACUCUUAGAUACAGCAAGCUUUCCUUCAAAACUUUAUUAUCAAAAGCUUUCAAAAAAGUUACAUUUCAAGUCUUAAAUCCUUUUCUGUUCAAAUCAUUGAAACAGGUUCUAAAAUGCAAACAUUUUAUCUUUGUUCAAGCAAAAUAAAUUCUUUAUUCUCUUGUGGCUA